UACUGUCAGUCUGUCACUCUUUUGCAUCUUUUGGUGGUCUUUUCUCGUCAAUAAUUUCAAUAACAAUAACAAUAAAAAUUAUUAAAAACACACCUUUUGAAUAUUCAGUUCCGUAGAAUAUUGUUCUUCUAAAUGGAAAAAGUUGAAGAUAUGACUCAUUCCUAUGCUUUGGCACCUUUGACCGAUCAGUACAUGGUCCAUGUUGAAGAAAUUGAAGAUGAUCACGACCAGCUCACAGCGGAAAAUACAGAUGACUCUAAUCAUGAUGGAGAAAAAUCAGGUGUACCUCUGCGAGAACAGGACCGUUUCCUGCCGAUUGCCAAUGUAGCCAAAAUCAUGAAAAAAGCCAUUCCAGACACUGGGAAGGUAACAAAUAAAAUUGCUAAAGAUGCCAGGGAAUGUGUACAGGAAUGUGUGUCUGAAUUUAUUAGUUUUAUAACUAGUGAGGCUAGUGAUCGUUGUCACAUGGAAAAGAGAAAAACCAUUAAUGGAGAAGAUAUCUUAGUUGCAAUGAGUACUUUGGGUUUUGACAACUAUGUGGAACCUUUGAAGUUAUAUCUACAAAAGUACAGAGAGGCAGCCAAAAGCGAUAAAAAUCUCAAUGGCGAUAUCAUGUUUGAUGAAAUGCCCGAAGAGUCCACAUUCAACACGUCAGCUAAUAAUUUGUUAACAACUGAAAACGGGGCUACAGAAACGGUGAUUUAUACGUAUCAGGACAAUAAUGCCAUCCAUCAAUUUCAGUUGGGUUGAAAUUGUAUUUUUAUUUUUUUAUUUUAUCCAUAGGACUAUUAUUGUACUGAUAGGUUAGGUUAUAGUUUGAAGUUUUUACUAAUAAAACGAACGAUUCGACUAUACAUCAACACUUUACUUGCUGCAUAUUCCUCAACAAUAAUCAACUGAAAAUGAAAUAUUACAAUUGCAAUAUUUGUAUAAAAACCAAAAAUUAAAAGUAUGCUUAUAUGAUAAGACAGUUCCAAAAUCACUCUCGGGAAAUAUUCUAAUGAUCAAGUUAGUAGAGUAUCAUCCAAUUCUUCUUCUUUUCCCUCUGGCUGGGACAGUAUUUUCUUCAGGACCUUACUCACAACAUCUGAUAAGGACUCUCUAGGUCCAACAUCCAGUACAUUCAGACAUUUCU